AGCUUGAAUCAGCUGUUCUGCUCCAGCUGUGCACUGUGCUGCGUUUUUGAUUGACAGUACAUCAAGGAGAGAAAAUAUAAAUAAAAGAAAAUAUAUAUAUGAAUAAUUUUUCAAUGUUUCUAAAAAAUACACUGGGAAAACAAAGUCUAAAUUGGAACGUAUACACAAUCAAGAAUUACUUUUGACGUGAAUUUCCUAUGCAAUAAUGACAGUGUUUUAUGACUAGAGAUAUAAGAUUUCGUUUGCAGAAUUAGACAUAAUUUAUAAAUAAUUUAUAAAAAAAAUUUAUUUAAAUUUAUAAAAUAAUUUAUAAAAAAAAAUGAAUCUGACGGCUGUAAGAAUUUUUGGAGACUCGAGAGCUGCGAGAUACGUGCUUGACAGAAGGCCGCACGUGUUAUUGUUCGGUGACGCCAAAAAAAUGCAAGCAAGAUGUAAAAGUCAAAAGAUAAUGUCCAAAGCUAUUGAGAGAAAUAGAUAUCAAAAAUUGGAAGAACCUAUUGGAAUAUAUGGCUUUUGCUUGUUGGGUAUACCUAUUGCUACUUUUGCACUUGGCACAUGGCAAAUUAAGAGAUGGCUAUGGAAGCUGGAUUUAAUAAAGACUCUGGAACAUCGUACUUCUGCGGAGCCAAUGGAUUUGCCAUCUAAUUUAGAAGAACUGAAGAAUAAGGAAUAUUAUUGUGUAAAAGUGAGAGGAAAAUUUUUGUAUGAAAAAGAAUUUUUGAUGGGGCCCAGAAGUCUUAUUCUAGAUGGAGAAGCUGUCAGUGAAAAAGGCGGAGGAGUAUUUGCUAGCAAGUCGAGUACAGGAUAUUAUGUGAUUACACCUUUUAAACUGGAAGAUCGGGAUUUGACCAUCAUGGUAAAUCGUGGAUGGAUCCCUAAAAAUGAUCGUACAUCAUAUAAAAUGGAAGACAAAAUUACAGAUUCCAUGGAAAUCGUCGGCAUUUGUAGAAAAACUGAAAAUCGACCUCCAUUUGUGCCUGCCAAUGCUCCUGCAAAAGGUGUAUGGCAUUACAGGGAUCUAGAUGCAAUGGCAAAGGUAGCAGAAGCAGAACCUGUAUAUAUAGAAUUAUUGCCCGGAUAUAGCACACCACGAGGACCGAUUGGUGGUCAAACAAGAAUAACUUUAAGAAACGAACAUUUAAGUUAUAUAAUCACCUGGUACGGGUUGUGUGGCGCUACGAGCUAUAUGUGGUUUCGAUAUUUUGUGCAGAAAUUACCUCUUGCUUAGUUGCAUUUUUUUAGAAGCAGAAAAAAUUUAUCUGAAACAUAUGUAAAAAUGUGUGAGAAGAAGAGAGAGA